GCACUUAAUUAGUUGUGCGAUACAAUUCUAGCUAAGCGGUUUGCCGGAGGAGGCCAGCAGCCGACAAAUACCGUAAACGGUUCAAAUCGAAACAACAACACUAAGUAACGGUAAACGGUCAACCGGAAGCUAAGAGUCGGCCAUUUUGUAAAAGAAACGUUGCGCAUACGCCGCGUGUGAUACAAAGAAAUAUUAAAUAUUUAGGCUGUUAGGUCUUCCAACGAAAUUCGAAAAUAAAUUCUAAAAAAAAAAAAUUAUUUUAUUUUUAAAAAUAAAUAGAAAAUCAAGUGUUUUUUUUAGUAGCACGUGUUGUUUUUUGUUUUUUUAAACGUUUCAUUGCCAAGCCAAGCCAUUGCCCUAGAAAAUCUGAUUUUAAAUUUUUAAUUUAAAAAAAUGCAUAGAACUGGCGCCCUUUUUUUGGGCCUAGGCUUAAUAUUAUGUGGCAGCCUAAUAACCCAUACUGAAGCCAAGGCUGGCAACGAGACAAGUUUCUUGGAGACAUCUUUACGGUAUUUUGACGAGCAGCUACUCCUGGACAUCCUGCCACGUGCCUCGUGUCCUGGCGAAGAUGAGGGCUCCCCCAUGGACGAGUUCGCCGACCUAUUCACGGUGGAACAACUUCGCCAGGGCUGGGUUGUCUUGCACGUUUUUGCUGCAAUUUAUUUCUUUAUCCUUCUGGCGAUCAUCUGCAAUGAUUACUUCCUGCCCACGGUCGAGUGCAUCUGCGAGGAUCUGCAUCUGUCCAAGAAUGUGGCAGCUGCCACUUUUAUGGCCACAGCCACCUCCAUGCCAGAGUUCUUUACGAACACCAUUAGUACCUUGAUCUUGGAUUCGGAUAUGGGUCUCGGGACGAUUAUCGGAUCUUUGAUGUUCAAUACCCUGGGAGUGGCGGGACUAGCGGCUCUGGCUAUUGAAAAGCCCGUACAAUUGGAUUGGUGGCCCAUUGCCAGGGAUUGUUUUAUUUAUAUUUUCAAUACGAUUAUCCUGCUGGUGUUGGCCUGGGGCGGCAGCAUAUCCUUCACAGAGUCCUGCAUUAUGAUGGGAUUUCUGGUGCUCUACUAUCUGAUUACCUUCAAUAAUAACAAGUUUAUGCCAGCGAUUCGGGUGUUUAUUGAGGAUCGUAUGAACUGCUGUUUCUCAACGCGAUAUGACCUCACGGAACCCCCAGAGAACAGUGCCAAGGCUCAGCUGCCUCUUAAGAAGGAUCCCCUGUCAGGAGAUGGUCUUUUUGUGGUUAACCUUCCGGAGAAUACCUCAUCCAUGUCCUCCACUGCCAAUCUCACGCAUCCCAAGCACUGGAAUGGCGAGGACGAUGAGGAUGAUAUGCCGCAGAGCAUUUAUGUUUAUCCCCAUGAUGCCACUUGUCUCAUGAAGUUCUGGUGGAUCUUCGUCUUCCCUAUUAAGUUCACCCUGUCCUGGGUGAUUCCACAUCCCAUGAAGUACCGUCGCCUGUAUCCUUUGUCCUUCAUCAUGUGCAUCCUGUGCAUUGGCGCCAAUGCCUAUCUGAUUGUCUGGAUGUUGACGGCCUUCGGUGUGGCUAUUCAUGUGCCCACCAUUGUGAUGGGCCUCACAUUCCUGGCCGCAGGAUCUACGAUGCCGGAGGCAGUUUCUAGUUUAAUUUCCUUAAGGAAUGGUGAAAAUGGUAUUGGAGUUUCGAACUCGCUGGGCGCCAAUUCGCUGGCCAUCCUGCUGUCCUUGGGCGUGCCAUGGUUCAUCAAGAACUGCAUCCAUUACAGUAGCGGAGAGCCCCAGCAGGUGGGCACCCAGGGCAUCGAGUACAAUAUCCUGAUCCUGAUCAUCUCCACCAUCGCCCUGUUCGUCAUCCUCAGCUUCAGCGGCUAUCGCCUCACCAAGCGAGUGGGCGUGGCCCUCUUCUCGGUCUACGCCGUCUUCAUAGUCCUUCAGAUCCUGAUCGAAAUGAAUGUCUUCUUCCCACGCGUCUGCAGCAGUUAGUCCUGGCCACAAAACUAGAAAAAAGAAAGAAAUACUGGUGCUGGCACCAGGAGAUUAUCCUCUAUAUAUAUAUUAUUAUAUAUUCUUAUAUAUAUAUAUUUUUUUUUUGUUUGUUUUUUAUAUGAAUAGUUUACGCUUUGAUUAUUACGUAAGACUGUCUUCUUUAGGUUUAGAUUAGAUAACAGCGACAGCAUUGUAUAUAGUGUAUAUAUAUAGUAUAUAUAUAGUAUAUCCAUGUAUAUAUAUAUAUCCCAGUAGCCAGUAGGACGAUCCACAAAUGUUUGAACCGAGAAACGUUGCCAAAGCCCAAAACGAGAUACUAGCAGUUAAGAUACUAAGUGCCCGCCAAAUUAAACACAAAACAUCUUCCUGCCGAGGGUCCUUAAAAUACAAAAUAUAAUAAAAUCAUAAAAUAUCUAUUAAAAACAAAGAAAAUAUAAUAAAAUUACAAAGACGAUCUGUUGAUAUUCCGCUGUAUGAGUAACCUUUAGGAAAUAUUUGUUAACCCUUGAUAAUGACACCCAUUGAUACCAUUGUUAUUAAUUUAUAAAUAUAUUCUAAGACAAAUAUUAUCAAAUCGCUGGUUUUUUUUCUUCAAGUGGGGCACUCUCGAGUGGAAUUUGAUUGGCUGCAAAGGUCUCCUUCCCACC